ACGGUGGACAACACCUCCGUCUUCGGGCGAGUCAUGAAAAUAGGUAGCCGAGAGACUGCUUUCACCUACGCCGUCAGUGCUGCCGGGGUGGUGAACGCCAUCAGCCGGGCUUGCCGUGAAGGAGAGCUCUCCAGCUGUGGCUGCAGCCGGACCGCCCGGCCCAAGGACUUGCCCCGAGACUGGCUGUGGGGUGGCUGCGGGGAUAACGUGGAGUAUGGCUAUCGUUUUGCCAAGGAGUUUGUGGAUGCCAAGGAGAGGGAGAAGAACUACGUGAGAGGUUCAGAGGAGCAGGCUCGCAUGCUGAUGAACUUGCAGAACAACGAGGCUGGUCGCAGGGCCGUGUACAAGCUGGCAGACGUGGCCUGCAAGUGCCACGGCGUGUCAGGCUCCUGCAGCCUCAAGACCUGCUGGCUGCAGCUGGCUGACUUCCGCAAGGUGGGCGACCUGCUAAAGGAGAAGUACGACAGCGCCGCUGCCAUGAGGAUCAGCCGCAAGGGCAAGCUGGAGCUGGUGAACAACCGUUUCAACAUGCCGACGCAAGAGGACCUGGUCUACGUUGACCCCAGCCCGGACUAUUGCCUGCGCAAUGAGACCACGGGCUCGCUGGGCACUCAGGGCCGGCUGUGCAACAAGACCUCGGAGGGCAUGGAUGGGUGCGAGCUGAUGUGCUGCGGACGGGGUUAUGACCAGUUCAAGAGCGUCCAGGUGGAGCGUUGCCACUGCAAGUUCCAUUGGUGCUGUUAUGUCAAGUGUAAAAAGUGCACAGAGAUCGUCGACCAGUACGUCUGUAAAUGAAAAGAGCCACCAAAGCAACAAAUCUAUAUUAUAUAAAUCUAUAUAAAUAUAUUUUAUAUUUGUAUAAAUAAACAGAUGAUGAUAAUAAUUAAAGAAGCUUAUUU